UGAUAAUAAAAACUAUUUAGUAUAAUAAUCGUCGUCCACGUCAGAGUUUCACCUCUUUCUCUCCGGCUUUGCAUGGCUCUUUGUUUCUCCUUAUCUCCCUCCCUUACCUAUUAUACUUCCUCUACAAUUUCAUUGCUUCUUGAUAAGAGCUCUCUCUUCUUUCUAUCUCUUGUUCUUUAAUUUGUCUCUCUCUUUUUCUCUAGCAAUGCUUGGAAGCUAUAGAGAAGUGAGUAUUAGUGUCUCUCUCUUUACUUUCACUAUCUCUGUUUAGAUGUGUGUGUCGGAUAUAUAACCGGACUAAUAUACGUAUAACUUAUAGUUAUUCUAUCUUGACCAUUGAUAUAUGCGAAUCACUCUAUGGUAUUAAUAAGGUUAUGUGGCCAAGACUUGUGGCCAACAAGAUCCUAAGGAAAAGCCUCGGGAGCAACAACUUCGUUGCCGAUUUCCCACCUAAUACUGAUCAGAAGCUUAUAGAAGCUUCCGGAUUAGCUGAUGAACGAUCUAAAUCAAUUCUCCACAACCAACACAAAACCACUCUUCUCAACUACAAGGUUUUUGUAAGCACAUGGAACGUGGGUGGUAUCGUACCGGACGAUGGACUUGACAUGGAGGAUCUACUGGAAACACAUAAAACACCGUGCGACAUAUACGUGCUUGGGUUUCAAGAGGUUGUGCCUCUACGAGCUUCGAAUGUUUUGGGAUCAGAUAACAACAAAGUCUCUACAAAAUGGAACUCUUUGAUAAGAGAUGCUUUGAACAAGAGAGCAAGACCUCAUCGAGACGAAGACUUGUCGGAAUCAAAGGGCAUUAAUGGUAUUUCACAAGAUUUUAGAUGUAUCAUAAGUAAACAGAUGGUCGGAAUCUUGAUCACCGUUUGGGUCCGAGGUGAUCUCUGGCCGUACAUCCGUUAUCCUAGCGUUUCAUGCGUUGGUUGCGGCAUCAUGGGUUGCUUAGGAAACAAGGGAUCAGUAUCGGUUAGAUUUCAAUUGCACGAAACGACAUUUUGUUUCGUUUGUAGCCAUCUAGCUUCUGGUGGCCGCGACCGAGAUGAAAGACAGAGAAACUCCGACGUCAACGAGAUCUUAGCUAGAUCUAGUUUUCCUCGAGGCUCAUCUCUAGAUUUACCCAAAAAGAUCCUUGAUCACGAUCGGGUGAUUUUUUUGGGAGACUUGAAUUAUAGAAUUUCAUUACCGGAGGAGAAGACAAGAUUAUUGGUGGAAAGCAAAAAAUGGAACAUCUUACUAGAAAAUGAUCAGCUGAGGAUGGAGAUCAUGAACGGCCAGAUUUUCAGAGGGUGGCAAGAAGGAAUUGUCAAAUUUGCUCCAACGUAUAAAUACGUUCCAAAUUCGGAUUUAUAUUACGGAUGCAUUACAUACAAAAAAGACGAGAAGAAACGAGCUCCUGCAUGGUGUGAUCGAAUAAUAUGGUACGGAAAUGGACUGAAGCAACAUGAAUAUACAAGAGGAGAAACGAAGAUAUCUGAUCAUAGGCCUGUCAAAGCAAUUUUCACCACAGAAAUUACUGUAACACGGCGUGGUAAAAAGAUUCGUAAUUUCUUUUUCUCGGACAGAUUUGAAGAAAGAAUUGGUGACAUAGAUUCUAAAGACUACUCGUGGAUAUCUACAUAGUUUUAUUAAUCGGGGUGAUAUCUUGUCACUUGUUAAUAUACAAUUCACAUAGAUUUUAUAUAAAAAAAACUUAUACAUAUGGAGUUUUUGUUUUAUACAUUUUUAGUUCUUAGCAGAUUUUAGAUUAAAAAAAGCUUAUAAAAGUUGUGUAAUAAGAGAAUCUAUAGAAGAAGAUUUGUUAAAUAUUGAUUAUUUAUGCAAUCUUGGCGACAAGUGACAGUUGUAUACUUGUAUGGUAAAAUAUUAUUCAUGAAUUUCGAGUUCUUACAA